UGUGACAUGAAGAUAAACAGACUCGCACCAUGCGGACGUGCGAGGUUAUCGGCGUUACGAAUGACUAAAAUAACAUAACAUUUAUGUAAAGGAAUUGUUGUUUGAGCUGUAUUUUUUCUGACUUAAAAACUCAGGAUAUUUAGUCACUCACUUCAACAAACACACACUGUCAGGAUGGUGUCAUAUAAGCGGCUGAACCCUGAAGAUGUUCGGUUUUCCAGUGCAGUUUUCUCAGAAGAGCCUCGUCCUACUGUCCAGGAAGAAGUUCCAGCGCCAGAGCCGGAGGAAACCUCCUUGCUUCCACGGAGGCGGUCAUGUUCUGUCACCACAGGCCUCCUGGUUAUUGGCUGCCUGCUGCUGCUCCUCUGUGGAGGCUGGCUACUGGGCACUGUGUUCUGGCUGCACAGACCGUCCAACCAACAGCCACAUAAACCUCCAUCACCGGCUCCUGCACAAACACCAGACUCUGAGGCAAAAACAGGAUUAAAUGACACUGCAGCUGCUGCCCGUCGUGAGGCUUGCAGCUUAAUUCCUGAGGCGUGGAGGUUUGAUUGCUACCCUGAAAGAGGGGUGGUUGUGACCCGAGAGCUGUGUGAGGCAAGGAACUGUUGCUUUAUCCCUGCGUCCUCUCCCUCCUCCUCUGCCACCCGCCCUUCAGGGAGAAACGGUAUCCCUUGGUGUUUCUAUCCUCCAGAUUUCGCUUCCUAUUCGCUUGUGUCAAUAAACGACACAUCCCUGGGACAGAAAGGCACGCUGGUAAGGGAAGUGAAGACCUACUACCCAGCAGACAUCCUCACUCUAGAGGUGGAGAUUCGUCAUGAGACAGACACGCGGCUGCAUGUCAGGAUUACAGACCCUUCUAAUUCGCGGUUUGAGGUUCCGAUCUCUGUUCCCACCGCCACCAAGAGGGCACAAAGUCCAGACUAUGUUGUAGAGAUUUCUAAGCAGCCGUUUGGCCUCAUCGUGAAGAGGAGCUCUACAGGAGCAGUGCUUCUGAACACCACAGUGGCUCCUCUCUUCUAUGCGGAUCAGUUUCUCCAGUUCUCCACCUCCCUGCCGAGUCAGUUCAUUUACGGCCUGGGCGAGCACCGCUCCACCUUUCUACAUGAUGUCCACUGGAACACACUCACCCUGUGGGCCAGAGAUGUGCCUCCUAUGGAGCAGACAAACCUAUAUGGAGCCCAUCCAUUUUACCUUGCAGCGGAGGAUGGAGGGAACGCACACGGCUUCUUCCUGCUGAACAGCAAUGCAAUGGAUGUGAUCCUGCAGCCUGCACCAGCCCUCACCUGGCGGACUAUUGGUGGAAUCCUUGACUUCUACGUUUUCCUUGGUCCUGAUCCUGGCUCAGUUAUUCAACAGUAUAUGGAGGUCAUAGGCUACCCAGCGAUGCCCAUCUACUGGGCUUUAGGCUACCAUCUCUGCCGCUGGGGUUAUAACUCUAGCGAUUCCACCUGGGAGAUUGUCAAGAGCAUGAGGAAUUAUGGGAUACCUCAGGACGUCCAGUGGAACGAUAUCGACUACAUGGACCAAUGCAUGGACUUCACUUUGGACUCCAAGUUCGCCACGCUGCCCGAUAUGGUCAAGGAUCUGCACGCGCAUGACCAGCGCUACGUCAUGAUGCUGGAUCCAGGUAUCCUCAGCACACAGCCUAAGGGCUCAUACUGGCCGUAUGAUGAAGGGCUGAAGAGAGACAUUUUUAUUAAAGACGCUGAAGGAAAAACACUCAUUGGGAGGGUGUGGCCUGGUCUGACAGCAUAUCCUGAUUUCUCUGAUGAUGCGACACAUGAGUGGUGGUACGACAACCUACAGAAGUUCCAUGAGAAGGUGCCAUUUGAUGGAUUAUGGAUUGACAUGAAUGAGCCAUCAAAUUUCCUGGAUGGUUCUACAAAUGGCUGUCCAUCGAACAGUCUUGAAAAUCCUCCUUACACACCCGGCAUACUAGGCGGUUUGCUGAGAGCCAAAACUGUGUGUGCCACUGCACAGCAGAAGCUGUCCAUACACUAUAAUAUACACAGCCUGUAUGGACUUAUGGAAGCUAAGGCAUCUGCAAGCGCUCUGAAGCGGCUCAUGGCAAAGAGACCUUUUGUCAUCUCUCGCUCCACCUUCCCCAGUCAGGGGAUGUACUCUGGUCACUGGCUGGGAGACAACAGGAGCCAGUGGAAAGACCUGUACACGUCUAUAGCAGGUAUCUUGACCUUUAACCUUCUGGGCAUCCCGUUGGUGGGAGCAGAUGUCUGUGGCUUCAGCGAGGAGCCGCAGGAGGAACUCUGUGUGCGCUGGACGCAGCUGGGAGCUUUCUAUCCCUUCACACGCAACCACAACGCCAUCGACAUGAAGCAUCAAGACCCAACAGCGUUUAGCCCUCUGGCUCGUACCGCCAUGAAGCAGGCUCUGCUGCUGCGUUAUUCUCUCUUCCCCGUCCUCUACACUCUCUUCCAUCAUGCGCAUGUACACGGACACACUGUUGCACGGCCGAUAAUGUUUGAGUUCCCGAAAGAUGUCAGAACCUACGGGAUUGACAAGCAGUUCCUGUGGGGGAAGAGUUUACUGGUGACACCAGUAUUGGAUCCUGGAGUCGACUAUGUGGAUGGUUACUUCCCAGAGGGUCUGUGGUAUGACUACUACACGGGCGACUCUGUGCGCAGUAAGGGCGAAGACCUCCGACUCCAUGCUCCUCUAGAUAAGAUCAACCUGCAUUUGCGUGAGGGCUCUGUUAUACCAACACAGGCGCCCAACCUGACUCUGUGGGUAAGCAGCGGUCAGCCGCUCCACCUAGUCUCAGCUCUCUCUGAUGAAGGUUCAGCCAGUGGAGAUCUGUACUGGGACGAUGGCGAGAGCAUCGACACAUACGAGACCAACCAGUACUCCUACAUCAUCUUCAGUGUCGCUCAGAAUGCAAUGACAUCAGAGGUCCUCCAUAGCAACGUGGAGGCCACAUACAUCACCGUGGAGACGGCCUCCUUCUACGGUGUGAAGCAGAAGCCGAGCAGAGUGCUGGUGAACUCCCAGGACGCAGCGUUCACCUACAGAGCCAACCAGGUGUUGACAGUUGCAGAUCUUGGUCUCAACCUCAGUCAGAACUUCACCAUCAGCUGGAUGUGAUACAGUUGGUUUUUAAUCGCUGGUUUCAUUUGCCGUCGGCUGUUACGUCACAAGCUGGUACACCGUGCAAGUCGAUGACAUCUCUUGGUGUUCUGGCACCGCACUGCAGAACGUUGGAGGUUACGAGAAGAAAAACCGAGGUUAAAGUAUUUGCGUAGUUUGAACAAUACACAAUCACUGUCCUACCAUAGUCUGGACACUGCUUUAAAUAUCUGUGGAGAAUUUAAUGUUCAAUAACUUAUAGCUGAACUCUCACCUGAUUCAAACAAAACGCUUGGCUUGGCCUUUGUAUUUUAAUUUAGUUUGAUCUUUCAGUUCAGUUCAUGAAUCAAAUCCUCAUGUUUUAAAACUCAUCAGCAGAAGGACAAUGUGCAAUAAGUGAAAGAGAGGAUGCUCUGCCUUUCUAAGAACGUGUCUGAAAAUAGUUCAUGAUAUGAGAUAUUGUGCUUGAAAGCUGUCUGCAGGCUAUUUUUGCACUAAUUAGUAUGCUGCAGUAUUGUAAAGGUGGAUCCAGGUGCCUUAUGAUUCCUGUUUGUGUGUUUUUGAGCAUCUCUGGGUUUGUUCCAGAUGAUCCUUUGUUCAGCUUUAUAUUGUAAGCCUGUUUUCAGUGCUGAAGACCGUAAUACUGCUGUGCACGAGGAUGACUUGCAUAACUACAGUACAAUAGACCAGCCAUACGUUUUCUGCAAACAUCUUACUGUGGAUUUCCUCUGCACUGGUUGGCAGAACGCAGCUGAAUGCGGAUACAUUUCUGGAGCUGGUUGAGAUCAGCAAAGUUCACUCUGCUUAUAUUUGACCUUGAUGCUGUGAAGAUCUGAUGUGACGUUAUUGUUAAAGCCGCUUUACAAUACUAGAAGUAUCUGCUCAAGAAGAAAGCAUGUGUGCUGUAAAGCAAACGACGCUAAACACCGACACAUUUUCAAGCAUGCAGACCCACUGAUACAGAGUAUGUUUUACUGUCGUUUGUGUUAAGGUGAGUGGAAUUGUGACUUUUAUGACGUUUUAUGAUGAAUUCUUGUGUUUAAUUUUUUGUGCAAUUGCUUAAGUGUAAUUAUAUGAACAACGAAAUGAAAAGAAUGAAAACUA